AUGAGUAAUAAUCAAGGUAGACAAGGAAAUGACGACGACACAUAAAUGCAAAAUUAGAAAGUUCCUACAUAGAAAGAUUGUUAAUUUAUUAUUUCAAAAUAAACUAUGAAAUUGAAAGAUGUUUAUGAUGCCGAAACUAGAUAUAUAGUUUAUCCUUUAGGGCCUUAUGAAGAUUAGGAUGUAUAAUGCUAUGUUUUUAACAUCUUUAAUUAAUAUCUCAAGUAAAAUCUAUCAUUUUGUGAGACUGAUUAACCUUUGAAAGGUUAUAAGUAUAGAUAUUAUGCGAAAUUGCAGCCAGGAAUAGAUAAUAUUUUAGUUCCAAAAAUUAUUGAAAAUAUUUUAUAGCCAAUAAGGAAACACAUCAACUAAUUUACAGAAAAGGAUAAGAAUCUGGAUAACCUUUAUGAUGAAACUAUGGCUUUGAUUAAAUAAUUGAAUAAAAUAAAAAUUGACUGA